AUGGACGACACACACCUCUGGACCGUCCCCCAAGAAUCAGCCCUCCUCCAAGCGAUUACGCGCUGGAAACCAGUCGGCAUGCACAAGCAUUUCCGCAUGAUCGCGAUCCGCGACCAUCUUCUCACAACGGGCCUCAUCGCCCCAGAAGACACCCACACCUCCACAGCGGGAAUAUGGCGCAAACUCAACACGCUGUACGACCUGGACCGCCUAGACGAGCGGGAAGACAGCAUCAUCCUCGACACGGGGGCCAGCACCGCCAAGAGCAGCGGCGAGGCGGACGACUAUUGGCGCGAGUUCGAGCUGCCGCGCGACGACUUUGAGGAACUGAUGUGGCAGAAACGGUUUGCGCCCGAGGGAGCUAGCGCCGUGGGGAGCUCGCGACCGCAAAGCCCCGCUAUCGCCACAGGGUCGGGGACCGCCAGGAGAGAAAGCACCAUUGCCGACACGGACGAGCCGCGGAGUUCGCCCGUCAGUGUCUCCGGUGGAGGCUCGGGGAGGGGGAGAGGACGUGGGCGAGGCGGCGGCGCUGGCGGAAGACUGUCGAGAUUGCAGAACGAGGUGGAGGCCGAGGGGAGGAGGGGGAGUAGGAGGACGAGUAAAGCCCCAAGUGCGGCCGAACAGCCGGAGGAUGAGGUGAUGGAGGAUGUGGAUGAUGAGGCGGAGGCGGAUGAAGACGAAAGUGGCGCUGGUGAGGGAGAAGAGAGUGAGGAGGCAGAGGCCGAGCCGGAGCAAGAGGAUGAAGAGGAAGCUGAGAUCAAGCGAGGUGGCGCGACGAAGCGGGGACGCGGUGGACGGAGAGGUAGAGGGAGACGAGGACGGCGGAGAUAG